AACAAUUAGCUGUCAAUUUCGUCAACAGUUGUUUUAGCUAAUUUUAUGUGUGAAAAGUGUAAGUUUAUAAUAUUACUGGAACAAAUAAGUAAACAAUAUGCCGUGCUGGUACUGGGAUAAAAAGGACCUGCGUGAUACACCUUCCAUUCUGGAUGGUAUAUCGUUUGAGACUGAACGCCGCUACCGAAAGGAGGGUGCACGCUUUAUAAUGAAUUGUGGCACAGAGAUGGGACUAGGUCACAAUACUAUGGCUACCGGUGUAGUGUAUUUUCAUCGCUUUUAUAUGUUUCAUUCCUUCAAAAGUUUCCCAAGAUAUGUUACUGCUUGCUGUUGCCUCUUCCUUGCCGGUAAAGUUGAAGAAACACCGAAGAAGUGUCGUGACAUAAUAAAAAUAGCAAGAACUUUACUCUCCGAUAACUAUUUCUAUUCCUUCGGAGAAGAUCCCAAAGAAGAGGUUAUGACAUUGGAGCGCAUUUUGCUGCAAACUAUAAAAUUUGACUUGCAAGUGGAACAUCCCUACACAUUUCUUUUAAAAUAUGCGAAGUGUUUCCGUGGUGAUCAAGUGAAAUUACAAAAAAUGGUGCAAAUGGCUUGGAAUUUCGUAAAUGAUUCGCUUAGUACGGUUGUAUGCUUGCAAUGGGAACCCGAAAUUAUCGCAGUGGCACUUAUACAUCUUGCUAGUAAGUUGAGCAAAUUUAUGGUCGCCGACUGGGCUGGACGUCAGCCGAGUCAUAACCGUUGGUGGGACAUGUUUGUAUCAGAUGUAACAAUGGAGAUUCUUGAGGAUAUAUGCCAUCAAGUUUUAGACUUAUAUCAACCCAAUCAAAAAGAAACACCUGAAUCCAAUAGUCCACCACAAAAACCACCUAGUCGCGCAGAUAGUCCUACACCAACCAAACCUGUCAUUACCACUGCUAACACGAGUUCACCCGCUGCAAAACUAAAGCCACCACAACCUAGUACUUUUAACUCUGUCACAAAUGCGCAACCCGCGAUACCAGCUGCUAGUGAGUUGAGUAAUAUUCAAACCAUUAGAUCACUGGCAAAUUCUGGUCCAAUCGCUCCGACAGUUGGAGAACCAGCUGCUAUACCUACGGUCGGUAUGGCCUCAACUUAUCACAAUAUGUAUCCGAUACCUUCUUCAGUAACUGCACAUCCAAUACAUUCGCUUUAUAAUUCAAAAGUUCCUGCUCCACCUCAACCGCCACCACAUAAUUACGCAGGUCCUGGUGGACCAUCGAAUGUCGUACCCCCACCACUUCCACCACCUAUAGCACCAUAUAAUAUGCCACCAGCAGCGCCAUGGGGAGGCCCAGCUUUGAAUACAAAUUCACAUUAUCCAUCAAAUGUACAACCGCCUAUGCCACCUGGACCAAGUGGUGGGAGUUCACAGCACGGUUAUCAGGGAACUUCCCAAUAUUCUCGACGUAAUUACAUGUGAUUUAUAUUCUCAUUAAACGCGAAGCAAGAUUUAAAAGGAUUAAGAGUUCUACUAAUGUAAAGAAUAUUUGAUACAUAUAAGAGAUAAUAUAAAAUAAAUA